CUGUGGGUGGAGAUUCACCUGAUAGUCCCAGAAACCCCUCUCAGCCCGAGGACCAUGAGCAACCAGACUCUGGUAAAAGAAUUUAUCCUGCAGGGCUUUUCAGAGCACCCAGAAUACCAUGUGCUCUUUUUCAGCUGUUUCCUCUCCCUCUACUCUGUGGCCCUCACAGGCAAUAUCCUCAUCAUUUUGGCCAUCACCUUCGACCCCGGGCUGCAUACUCCCAUGUACUUUUUUCUCUUCAACUUGGCUAUUAUGGACAUCAUCUGCACCUCCUCCAUCAUGCCCAAAGCACUCGAGGGUCUGAUAUCAGAGGAGAGCUCCAUCUCCUUUGGGGGCUGCAUGGUCCAGCUUUAUUUCCUCACAUGGGCUGCAUCCUCUGAGCUGCUCCUCCUCACAGUCAUGGCCUAUGACCGGUAUGCAGCUAUCUGCUACCCCCUACAUUACAGCACCGUAAUGAGCAAGACCUCCUGCAACAUGCUGGCUGCAGGUGUGUGGGUACUCUGUGCCUUCAACACGGCCAUCCACACUGGGCUGAUGCUGCGCUUGCAUUUCUGUGGGCCCAAUGUCAUUACCCAUUUCUUCUGUGAGGUCCCUCCUCUGUUACUUCUCUCCUGUAGCUCCACCUAUGUGAACAGCAUCAUGAUUGUCCUGGCUGAUGCCUUUUAUGGCAUGAUGAGCUUCCUGAUGACCAUUGUGUCAUAUGGCUUUAUCAUCUCUAACAUCCUAAAGAUGCGGACUGCAGAGGGGAAGAAGAAAGCCUUCUCCACUUGCUCUUCCCACCUUAUUGUGGUGUGCAUGUAUUACACUGCUGUCUUUUAUGCCUACAUAAGCCCUGUCUCCAGCUAUAGUGCUGAGAAGAGCAAGCUGGCUGGGGUGCUGUACACCAUGGUGAGCCCUACUCUCAACCCCCUCAUCUAUACUUUGAGAAACAAGGACGUCAAAGCAGCCCUCAGGAAGCUUUUCCUCUUCUUCAGAAAUUAA